UCCACUGAAAAUAAAAACCCCCGAGAAAUGUAACAAAAAAUGCACCGCAACCGACUCUACGUUCUCAGGUACGAUCCGUUUGGAAAAUCAGAAUCAAAAGAAUGAGGCAGGUGAUUGCAUGUUGUCUAUUGGCCGUGUUGGGGCUAAUUUGUGCUGAAGUGGUGCUGGGUCAUGACUAUCCCCGGGGACCAAAUGUUGAGGGUGUACGUGUGAGACGCCAAUAUGGUGGUGGUCGGUCAGGGGCUCCAGGUGGAGCAGGUGGCUAUGGAGGCAGUGGUGGAUAUGGUGGCAGCCCUGGGCAACCUGGCGGUAAUGGUGGGGGAGGUGGUGGAAAUGGUGGUGGCGGAGGCGGAGGUAAUGGUGGAAACGGAGGAAAUGGCGGUGGCCCAGGACAACCUGGACAACCAGGCGGUAAUGGUGGAGGAAAUGGCGGUUAUGGUGGCAAUGGCGGUUACGGCGGCAGUGGUGGUUAUGAUGGCCAACCUGGUCAGCCAGGAGGUUAUGGACGUUAAUUAAAAAAACUUUGUUUUAUUUUUCUAAAAGAAAAUAAAGAGUUGAUUUAAAACAAAA